AUGCAGCUCCAAGAGCUGCUGGAACAGGAAAUCCUCCACAACAGCGAUAUUAUCCAGGCAGCCCGAGCCGUCAACAGCAACCUCCCCGCUGCCACCCUGGACGGAUUGGCGUCGGCACAGGACGACACCAUUGUGGAUGAGGUUAAGGCGUAUUUGGCAGCCAUGGGUUUUGCGCUGGGGAGUCCAUCACCUUUUGGCGUCCUCGGUUUCUCCGAACUCGACGGCCCCGACAUCGAUGAGACCCGAUUACAGGGCAGGCGAUCGUGGGCGGAAAAGUUCAUCCAGCACUGGGCCACUCCGAAUACGAGGGGCGCGUGCAACCAACUCUUCGAGUCUAUCAACAUCGCUUGCGAGAAAUGCCUCCUCGAUUUGAAGGACGUCCAGGCGAAAAGAAGACUGAUCAAAGGGGUGGCCAAGAACGUGGACCACUGGAGGGAGCUAUCCCCAGAUGGCCUGACUUCCAUUACGGCGUUCUGCCCGCCUGGCUCCACCGGGACACCCCUCGUGGCUACCCAAUUCAGCAACGUUUUCCGGCAGGACUUAGACCUGUUCACCAACGUCGUCUCUGUCCAGGACACCAGGCGCUUGCACUGCCAGCUCAACAGCCAGGUGGGUGCGAUCAAAAGCGCACUCAGUUGCAUUUCGCAGCCCCUGGUCACAUGGGCCCCAGAGCCCGCAAGCCAGGCGAUACGGGUUGCAGGAGCGUUCCGGGAGCUUCACGCCCUGGAAACAGGCCCCUCCUCGCUCACGCUACUGAUCCCCAUUGACUCCUACCCCGGCUGCACCACAGCACAGAACAUUACCGACUUGUGGCAUCAUCCACUGCAGGGCCCAAGGUGGCAGGAGUUGAUGCGCGAGACUGUCUUCCUGAACCCGCCAAUGCUUAUGAUCGUGGCCGGCAAACACGCGCCUUUACAUGUACGUAAGGGGCUUGCUAUCAUCACGCUGGGGACGCGCCUUGCCGCCCUCCCCCCACGGAUUUGGCAAUGGAAGGAUACCAUAUUUGAGCACAGCACCUUCCAGACCAUCUGGAUCGACAUACCACAUGAAUUCCGCUGGCAGGUAUACGGCCAGAUCGACGAUCUGCGGUUACCAGGGAGGGUCGCCACCGAUCGUCCCCGGCCAAGCCUGGGUAAUCGUUCGGAGGAGCCUAGAUCCGUCAUCAAGGUGCACUUCGACGACCGCAUGGGCAGCGCCCUGAUACAGGAGGUGGUCGUGAUCUGGCUCCGGAAGACCCUCAGUGGCUACAGGGCCGUGGUGGGCCUGCAAUCCACCAUCUCUCUCCCUGGGGCAAAGAUGCUGGAUAUCACGUCUCCAUCGGCCUGUUACACUUUGGGCCACUUGGUCAAGAGCUGCAUCACGGUCUCCCCAAAGCUGGCCGUGGUGGAGACCACUCGCCCCAAUAGGGAUUGGAGUGAGCACAUGACGCGCGCCUGGGAGCAGGACCCCACCAAAGCAGCCCUCCAACUCCGACUUCGCGAUUCCGACCCCUCCCGGUCCAAGAAGUGCGCGGAGGUCCAGGCCACUACGGAGCAGCUGGCUGCCGCUAGGGCAAGGCAGGGGCAUCAACCCGUCGAGCCCGACAGCAACAAGCCGGAGACAUUACGAGCCACCUUGGAUCUGCAGGUCCCGGUUGAGGCGCAGCUGGAUUCGUGGUUGGGUUCCCUCAUGAACCACAUCAGCCUCGCGAGCGCAGUCCCACUUACACGGCAGGCCGCACCAGAGGGGAUGGAUCUUGGCACGUGGCAGGUUAUCAACAAUUUUGAGGGGGGGUGGACGGGGAAGAUCCUCAUCCAGUGCCGCACCAAGCUGGAAUUGUACAAGCUGCACCACGCCACGCACCAGAAGGGCAUCCGCAUCCAGGGGCACGACACGUCCAUCAACAUACACUCUAACUACGUGGACAUCGGAGACUACAUGGGUGGCGAUGCAGGGGCGCUCAUCGCCAGUAAAGCCAACCGGCAGACGCCCAAGUGCAACCACAUGGCGAAACUUAUGGCCUCGCACGACUUCGGCGUCUUUGUGGAAACGCACGGCACGACAAGUAAGGAAGCGGCAUUCUCUCUUCCACCAGGGUGCGACGCUCACUGGUCCCACUUCUCAGGCAGUCGGGCCGGAGUGGGAAUUGUAUUGCAGAAAAGUUUCCUGGCCAAGUUCGCAACGUUUCAGCCCGGGGAUUUCUUCGAGCUGGAGCCUGGCCGGGUUGCACGGCUCCGGCUCCGCGGCCCUGACGGCAACCUGGACAUCUGGGCAAUAUAUCUCUGCACUGGCGAAGGGCACGCACAAGACCUCCGAGCACGAGAUCGAUCUCACGCCCUCCUCGCGCAGCAUGUGGCCCUCCCCACCUCCACCCUCUCCAUUGUUGCUGGUGAUUGGAACUACGUGACCUCCCCAAAGGACCGGUGGUGCUGCGCAGGCAAGUGCUGGUCUGGCGCGAAAGAUGAGCAGGAGGCAGCCCGGACAGAGGAAAUUGCAUUUCGCCCGUACCGGCUCCACGAGCUGUCCCAGGAAGAACAAGGGCACACAUAUUUCUCCACCAUUGCCACGUCACGCAUCGACCGGGUCUACACUAACCACCACCCGUCGGAGCAGCUCGACUACAAGUUCGGUUGCAGCGCACUCUCGAGAGUCCGGGGCCUCUCAUCUCACGCCCCCCUGUCAUUCUUCCGAGUCCGCCCUGGGGGAGUCAAGAAGAAACCGCACUCCGUCGACAAGGCUGCGGGAGACGACGACAGCGACGCCGGCACUAGUCAACGUAAGCAUCCCAACAUCACCACCGGCACCAUCAACCAUCCCGACUGGCCUCGACGAGUAGCGGCUGAACUGCAUUACAUAUCAACUACCCCCCAGGACUUCGACAACUCAGUACGCAGAUCUAUACUGGUCAAGCGGGCCAUGCACACAGUCUCGGACAACAUGGUGAAAGAGGGUCUAUAUGCCACAGCCACCUCCAACGACGACAAGCUCCGCUGCGCCCUCAGCUUUGUCAGGGCCGCCCAGGACGUCAACCUGCCCAAGAUGUACCGCAAGUACUUGGAGUACCCGUACAUUGGCACGCUCGUGGACCCUAGGGACCCUAACGCGUGCUUCGCGGUGGGUUUCCACGCACUCCAGGACCAUGUGGUCGCUCUCGCGAGGCAGGACAUCACGGACGAGCAACGCGAUCUGCAACAGCAUGCUGAGGAGGGCUGCAAUGACUACAGAAAAACGACACGCAAGCGCAACAUACUCAGCCGGCUGAAGCGACUCAUGCCGGGCACAUGUACCAGCAUUGGGGCCAUCGAGACGUCUGCCGGGGAUUAUGCCACGGACCCAGCUUCAAUUGCAAAGGAAUUGGGGGCGCACUGGGCCCGAACAUUCAAAAAGAAACCCAUCAACCACCAUCUGUUGACAGAUUGGCUCCAAGACGUGCAUUCGCGAACCCGCUCUCCACGCCCGCCGGGCGCCCCGCGGCGUAGUCAGUCUGAUCCACGCCAGGAGGGCGCCCUUCAUUCGAGCGGACCUCACGGCAGGGCGAGACAAGAGCGCCCGCCCCUGCCUACCGACGCCAGGCAUUGGCGCAUACGGAGGAAAGAUGUGGAGAAGGCCGUGCGGUACAGCGGAAACUCAGCCCCGGGACCAGACGGCAUCCCAUUCAAGGCAUGGCGCGCGCUGGGGCCACUGGGUGUCUCUAUUUUGCAUGGCGUUGCACAGAGUCUCGAGCGGCCGCAAGGGGCAGAAGAGCUUCAUGCCGCGUAUUUCGACGAACCCGAUACCCACGCGCACCACUACAACGAGAGCAUUCUCGUCUGCUUGGCCAAGAAGAGCACCGGUGUCACACCUGAAGGCGUCAAAAGCUACACCCCGGCCAAUACACGCCCCCUGAACAUUGUCAACGCUGACAAUCGCCUGGUGGCUAGCGCCGCUCGCAAUCGAUGGGAAGAACACCUGGCUAAGUGGAUCUUGCCCCGACAGCAGGGCUUCCUUCAAGGCCGAAGCAUUCUAAGUAAUCUCCUGGACGUGGACAGCGCCAGCAUGAUCACUUCGCUCACUCACGAGAACGGGGCUUGCUUGCUGAUGGACUUCGCAUCGGCAUUCCCAUCCAUAUCUCAGGAGUUCAUGUUCUCCACGUUGUCUGCGAUUGGUCUUCCGGGAGGAGCCAUGAACCUCCUCAGGGCGUUGUAUUCAGAGUCGUACUGUUACGUUCGACACGGUUCUAUCGAGGCCGCCGGGUUCCCUCUCGAAGCAGGAGUGCGACAGGGUUGUCCCCUCUCUCCGCUGCUGUACGCCACGGUCGCGGAGGUGCUCAUGGAUCGCAUCGAAACGGAUUGCCCCAACACGCUAGUGAGAGCAUAUGCUGACGAUGCCGCUCUUGUGUUGUUGGACUACUGGCUGGAGGCGCCGAGACUACAGCGUAUAUCUGAAGAUUUUGGAGCGAUCUCAGGCCUACACCUUAACUUGCACAAAUGCAUCGCGAUCCCCCUGGGCAUCGGAACGUUGGAAGAUUUCAAGGUGAAACGGGAAGAACGACUCCCAGAAUGGUCUGACAUGCCGCUGGCCGAAUGCGGGAAAUAUUUGGGCUUCCUCGUCGGCCCUGGCAAGGGCGAGCGCUCCUGGGACGAACCCGGCAAGAAGUACACCCAACGGUGCCGCGACUGGGGAGACCAGGGCAUGGGCCUGCAGUACCACACGGUGGCGUACAAUACCUUUGCAGUAUCUACGCUGGGGUACAUUGGACAACUAGAACAAGUACCAGCAGGCAUCCUGAAGCUGGAGGAGGACGGACUGAAGAUCACCCACAAAG